GAUUCCCAUCAGUGCUCCAACAGACACUGAUGCUGCUCCUCCACUCAUAUCGACCAUAUAACAGCAGACAGGUCUUCCUCAGUGGAGGGGGGGGCACCUGCUGUCCCGCGUUGCACUGGCUGUGAUGAGAGUAGCAUACAUUAAAAGUGUACAGCUGGAAGGAAAGGCAGACCUGUAACACCUGAUCGGACUUAUAAUAUUAGCACGCACGGGAGACGCAACACGUCCAUUAGGCUUCUUUCCAUCCCGGGAGACCCCAAAAUGAUCUCGUCUUGUUUGCCAGGCGGCGGCAGGAUAACGUGCAGGACCACUGGCACCCUUUUGUCGGCGUGUCUGGUCUCCGCUUGUCAUGCUCUCCGCACCUGCGGGGAGGUCCAGUGCGGCGAUGGCCACCAGUGCUGUCCGCCCAUCGCCAACGGGAACGGCAGUGCCAACUCCGCGGUGCGCUGCUGCAAGCUCCCUAUCCACAUAUUCUUCGACAACGUAGGUUGGUUCACGCGGAAGCUGUCCGGCAUCCUCAUCCUGUUGCUGCUAUUCGCCAUGGGCUACUUCAUUCAGAGGAUCAUCUGCCCGCGGCCCCGCCGGCCUCCGCACAAUGACCGCAGCGAGGAGCCCUCCCUCUUUCACGGGCACGCAUCGGCGUCCCAGGACUCCCUGCUGGACCGGUACCCCGAGUACAGCCUCGGGGACUUUGCCUCUCCGAAUCUGCCAGCAUACGACGAGGUCAAAUAUUUGCCCACGUAUGAGGAAAGCAUGCAGGAGAUGCACAGAGACCGGUCCGACGAUAACUUGCUGUCUGAAAACGAGAGUAUCGGGCAGGGCAGAGAGAGAGCGGCGGGACCGAGAGCCGCGGAGCAGAGGCGGGAAGUCCUCGAGGAGGCUGCACCGCAACACAGCCCGAGGACAUCCCGGAACUCUGUCUGAGCCCGGGCAAAGCUCUACAGACAAUAUAGCUCUCUUAUUUUAAUAUUAUCAGGGUAAUUAUCUUGCAGAGAUAUAAACUCAAGUGCAAUUAUAAUCCUGAAUGUUAAGAAUAAAGAAGAAGGCUGAGAAAAUGUACGUGUUUUGUAAGAUUAUGGCGGAUUUAUCGCCUUUUGUAUGCAAAUGACCGCCUGGGUUAAGUAAAGGGGAUUAUGAAGAAAGCGAAGGCGGCUGAAAUUGAAGGUCUCUGUGGCAGGGACAGCUAAUUUGGCUCCGGUACAAUCGCAUUAAGAUUGACUUCAACACCUUCAUUUUAAGCAGCACUGUGAGACGGUUUUAUUCUUAUGUCAAAUUCUCGGCCUUUCUUACUCUUAAUGUUAAAUGUUCUGCUGAACCCGAAAGACCUGGUUUUCUUUUAUAUAUUCUUUAUUGAAUGUGCAACCAAAAGGAAUAAUAUUUAGAUUUGUAUUUCCCACCAUACCCUGGAAUGUGUGCUGAAGUAGGGAGUGAGGGGAUGAAUAUCAAUUUUAAUACUUUCUGCAGUUUUCCUUAUCAGCAAGCUUUAGAGCCAUUUAAUUUAAAAUAUUUCAUCAGCAUGAAAGCAAUAUUUUCCUCAAACUGCCUCACACACAUGCACAUUCACACAGUUCAGAGGGAAAUGAUAGAUGAGUAUUUUAUCAGUGACCUGAGCCAUGUCGCCUACAGCAAGAUCAUGAUCUAGUCACAGCAGAAAAGUGCAAUUUUUUUUAAAUGCUCUGAUGCUGUGAACCAUGUGUCCGCUGCUACAUAUUAGUAUCACCUAGGUUCUAAAUGAGUAAAGCUAUGGCAAAUAUUACAGCCGGCAUGUGAUAUGGUGUAAGCUUCCAAAGUUGUGUUUUAAUGUUAGCAAGUCAAACAAGGUCACAACUGCUGCCCCAAGCAGAACUAACACCCUACAGCUCAGACCAAACGAAGGAAAAGACAGAUGAGAUCUAUCAGAGACAGGAGGCAGUCCAUUCUUUGUUCUGGUAAAGUGGACUGAGAAUACCAUAUCAAUUUGUAUGUUAACUUAAAUGUGUUACUGUUACCUGCUGGUUUGCAUCAUGAAAUGAAAAUGAAAUGUAAUGCAUCACUGUCUAAUAAGAAAAUAUAUUUUUGGGGUUCUGGAAAAUUGAAAACCAAACUGACACCACACACACCUCAUUACAUCAAGCUAAAUGGCCUGUUUACCAAGAUUAAAGUUUGA